AUGGCGUUUGUAAAUUUGCUUACAGAAAAAACACGCGAGCGUCCUCUAUUUACCGUCAAGGUUGAAAUGGAUAUUAUCCAAUCAUUCUUGGAGGAAGUUUGCUUAAAAUUAGAUAAUUUAGCAAACAGAAUGACGAAAGCUGAAGAAGAUAUUACAGGCAAAGCAACAUUUCAAGAUGUCAAAGACUUUAAGCAAGAUGUUAGCGAUAAAGUCGAUCAAAUUAUCCUUCAAUGUAAACAAACAGAUGAUAAAGUAAAUGGAAUGGACACAUUACUCCAAGAAAACUACAAAAAUAUGCAAGAGAAAUUCGAUUCUGCAACAAGUAAUUGUUUAAUCGAGUCAGGAAAUUUAGUUAGAUCUACAGUUGAAUCUUUGGAGCCAGAACUCAUCAAAAAUGUCAUAGCUGGUAUGCCAAACUUAGAUUCAUUACUACAAAGAAUAGAUGCUAACGAUAAAUCAAUUAACGAACUAAAUGAAAAAUCUGUUUUAUUAACGAAUGCCGACAGUAACCUACAAGCGCAAGUUGAUGCCUUGUUUAAAGUAUCCCAGAAACAAGGUAAUGAACCUUCAACAACCGAAUUACACGCAGAAUUACAACGUGUUACUUCAAACUUAUCUUUUCAGAAGUCUGCAGCAUCAGCUGCUACAUCUCAAGAAACCUUUGACCUUCGUGAAGAUUUUCAGUUACAAUUUAACCAAAUUAACGACAAAUUAAAGAAAAUGAACGAAGAAAUAGAAGACACACGCAAUUACACGAACAAACAAAUAAGUGCCGUACAAGAAUUACUUUCGCCUCAAAUUCGAGAAUUAGAUAAUCAGAUAAAUGACUUAAGAACUGACAUGUCUAAUAAAACAAGAGAUAUUCCUUCAUCCAGACAAGUUGAUUUACCACCAGAUCUAAUGGAUAAGAUCAACAAAUUAGGUGGAGAAAUUACAAAACUUAAUGACGACAUUAUUUCAAUGAAAGAGAGGCUAAAUGAUAAUACCUCAGCUCUAAAGAUUCUUAGUGAGAACUUUACAAACCCUCCGGCUGCUGUUUCCGCUCCAGCGAAUAUUGAAAUCAAAGAUGACGGUUCUUUCGAUGCAACAGGACUUACAAACAGUGUACAGUUCUUAACCAAUAACUUUAGAGUACUUGCAAGCCGAUUGGAUGUCCUUGAGUCCAAGAAAUACGUAACUCCUGAAACAUUAACGGCAACAAGAGAAAUUGCCAACAAAUGUGUCGACAGAUUAAACGCAUUGGACACUACAAUAGCUGAAAUGAAAGGAGAACUGCUUUCAAAGGUAGAUUCAGAUUUAAUGCAGUUACGCGAUGAUACUUCCAAAGAUAUCAGAGAUGUAAAGGAAGCUGCUAAUACUAGUAGAGAGAUUGCAACGAUCGCUUCUCGAAAUGGCGAUGAAACUUUGAGAUUAUUGCAAAAAACUAGGACAGAAAUGUCAGAUAUGAACACAAAGAUUGCAGAACUCUCAAUACCAAAGCCAAAUCCAGCUGUUGAGAAGCUCAGUUCUACUGUUUCCGGCAUCCAAACUUAUAUCAAUAAUAUUAAAGACGUAAUUGUGAAAGUCGGAUCAGAAGCAGAUGCAGCAAACACCAGGAGUAAGAGCAAUGAGACUUCCGUCAACCAAAUCAUGACAAGAAUCGAUGAAUUGACGAAAGAAAUUUCCGAAAAAGAGAAAGAACUAUCAAUUCCAAAGGUAGAAUUCGUCCAACAACGUAAAACAGUUGUCAGAGCACAAGCACCAGAGCCAGCACCUGUUUCGGACGAUUCUCCUCGUAGGCCUGGUUCGGUUUUACUUCCAAAAAUCGCCAGACAAACCGUUGACGAUGGAAAACUCGAUGCCGCUCUUGGAAAAGUCACAGCGCAAGAUGGCAUCAUACAAGGCAUGCGGAAACAGAUUGACCAGCUCGUGAAAGGCUACCAGAACAUUGACGACGUCAAAGCUGACAAACAGAGUUGCCAAGCUUUGUUUGAACAGUUCAGAGUCGCCAUGGUCGAAUUAAAUUCACGACUGAUGACUUUAAGAAGGUCAGUCAUCGGAAAAGCUGAUCUUUCCGAAGUUAAAAACAUGCUGACACUUGCAACAACAGUACAGACCAAAGACACAGCUGGUGGUGUUGAGCCUGUUAGAUGUAUCUGUUGUGGAAGACCAGCAACAGGAGUUACAGGAUCAAUCAAUGAAUCUUUGGAUAACAGAAAAACUCCUCCGAUUUCAAGCAGAGCCAUUUCUGAUGCUGAUGGACAAGUUUGCUUCGUUUAUGGUGAUAGAGGUGAUAUGUUUUAUGGUAGAUCUGGCGAUGGUAGGUCUAGGUUUUCUGCAAAAACUGAUGUAACUCUAAAAGAAACAUCAAGUUCAAGAAAAUAA